AUGGACUCCUCAACAGAGCGUGUCGCACGACACAGAAAGCUCAUAAAAGAUGCACGGAAGGCCCACCAACGCGCUCGACAGGAAUCGAGUGAAGAGCUAUAUGAUACACCCCAGUUCUGGAGAACAACACAGGCUGUACUAGAUUCAGAGGAUGUUGUCAAAGAUUUGAUGUGGCAGCGCCGAAGCGAGACACUGCCCACAAAUGAUGAUGCCUUCGAAGCGGCCAAGAAAGAAUACCUCAGACAGAGAGCCGCCAGAGAAGAACGGAGACAGUCAGCAAUGAGAAGAGAAGAACGUUACAAGCAGCGGGAGAAGGUGUUGACCUUCCCCAAGACGAAUAACAGAGCAACAUUGAGAGCCAUUUACGUUGAUCUGUUUCUCGGUAUAAGGGGAAAGACCUUCAGAGACAAACAGAGCGAAUUCAUCAAAUCCAUCCAGGCAGCGUACGGAUCAAGAAAAGAAGGGAAAGUGACCACUUACUGCAAUAUCUUGACCGGCGAGUGGCACUUGCGAAAGUACUUCAUUGCAGCGCACAUUUUUCCGUUGUCCUUUGGACAGCAAGCUAUGGAUCAUAUAUUCGGAAAAGAUGCUCAUGGCGAAAUUAAUACUGCUCGCAACGGUCUGUUUCUUCCCGUCGAGUUCGAAGAGGCAUUCGACGCAUAUCAAGUUGUGAUUGUCCCUCAUGGAUCGCCCACGAGCCAGCCACGAGAGUGGCAGGUUAUUCUUCUCGACCACUCUGGCUUGAAAAAUGUUCGUGUUUCGGGUAUGACGUUUGGGGAGCUCCACCAGAAGAAAUUGAUCUUUGCCACUGACGCCAGACCCCGAGCUCGUUACCUUUAUUUCCACUUCAUUCUAGCUAUGAUAUCUCACUAUCGUUCCGGGAAGUCGACCGGCGUUAUCAAAGACGAACUCCCGGACUCCAUGAUACCAUCUCUGACUAGAGCUUGGGGUAGCGAGGGGAGCUACCUUGCUGACAAUGUAAUCCAUGGAUUUAUUGAGAAAGUCGGUCACGAGCUUCCUGCAGAACUCGAGGAAAACAUGCGCCGCCAAGGCUUUCGGGGGUCAUUCGACUCUGAGGCGGAAGUCGAGGAGAUCUGCGAGGCUGCCAAAGGAAUCGACCUGAGAAGCGAUGAGGAAGACAGCGACAGCGACAGCGACGACGACGACUUCUUCAUUGCUGACGAUAGAGAGGAUGAAGAGGAUGAAGAAGAUAUGGAUGAUCUGGACGAAGAGCGAAGAGAGGUCUGGGUUUGA